AUAUUCACGUGACCUAGUCCCCGAUUUUCACAAUUAAUGAUUUUUAUCCUAAAGAUAUCGUUGUAAAAUGUCUUCAGUUGUUAUUGUAGGUGGGGGUAUUAGUGGUCUUUCUGCCGCAUACUAUUUGUCUAAAAUCCCAAAAGACAUUGUAAAAAAGGUAAUAAUACUCGAGAGGUCGAGCAAUUUGGGAGGAUGGGUACAGAGCGUUCGGAAAGAGGACGGAGCCGUUUACGAAAAAGGUCCCAGAAGUAUACGAGGUAGAAGGGAUGGUCCUGGGAAAAACAUUCUAGAAAUGGUUCGGAAUUGCUUUCGUUUAAUAAACCUACUCAAAUAGUUUAUAUAUCUGAAGGUUGAAGAUAUUGGUUUAUCGGAUAAAAUAAUCUCUGUUCCAAGAAAUCACGUUGCAACUACAAAUCGAUAUUUAUUCAUAAAUAAUCAAAUGUAUUGUCUACCAAACAAUAUGAUGCAGAUUAUCAGACAAACCCCUCCGUUCAAGAAAUCUUUACUAUCUUCCAUUUGGAGAGAACCUUUCAAAUUUAAUCGUUUAAAAAAUGAUUGCUCUAUUCAUGAAUUUAUUUCGAAAAGAUUUAGUACAGACUUAGCGGACAAUGCUAUAGAUCCGUUUUGCAGAGGAGUAUUUGGAGGAGAUAGUAAGUCACUUAGUGCAAAAGCUUGCUUUCCGGAUAUGUUCAAAUACCAAAUGCAGCACGGUUCUAUUUUACUUGGAUCAAUUUUAGGACGAAAGAAACCAUACGAUUCUGAAUCAUCGCUCGUUAAUCGAUCAAUAGAAGAAAAAUGGGCUACUUGGAAUAUGGAAAAUGGAUUGCAAACUCUAAUUGAAGGCCUACAAAAAAAAUUACAAGAUGAAGGUGUACAUAUAUUCUCUGGCAAUGCUUGUAAACGUGUCGACUUUACUGAUGGAAAAGUAAACGUUUUCUGGGAUAAAGGUCAAAUUAGCGCCGAUCAUAUUGUAUUUUCAACUUUUAGUUCAGAUAUCUCAAAAGUUUUGCAAAAGGAACAAGAAGAGUUAAGAAAUGAAUUAGACAAAAUUGACGCUGUAACAGUUGGAGUUAGUACAAUUGAAUAUAAAGGCGAUGUAUUUCCUUCUCAGUAUCGAGGAUUCGGCCAUCUUGUACCGUCUUGGGAAAGUUCGGCGAAGAAUUUAGGCGUUGUAUAUGAAUCUUGCGUCUUUCCUGAGCACGAUAAUAAAGAACGCCCAACAACAAGAUUAACUGUUAUGUCCGGGGGAGCUUGGUUCGAUAAAGUUUUCGGUAAAGAUCAUACACAGGGGAAUUCCAGAAUAGAGGAGGAAUCAAUUAAAUCCGUCCGGCAACAACUAGGCAUUAAGGACGAGCCUAUGAGAAUCGAGACAAACGUACAUAAAGAUUGUCUUCCACAAUAUAAAGUUGGGCAUUGUGAUAUUGUUAAUAAAGUUGAAGAGCUCUCGUCUAACUUACCAGUAUCUUUCAUUGGUUCUUCAUUCAGGGGUGUUAGCGUUUUGGAUUGCAUCUGGGAUGCUAAAUUACAAAUGGAAAACUUAAAAAGUACAUUAACUACCAAAGAAGUUUAAAAAGCUUUUCACUAAAAUAUUUUUUCUUGUUUGAAUAAACAAAGCUAAGGAAAUGUUCAUAUUUAAUUCACUUCUUUGAUUUUAUUAAAUCAGCAAGAAAAACAAUACUUAUUCAAGGA